ACCUUUCCUCCCUCCCACCAUGCGCUUCUCAUCAGUCUUCCUAGUAGCGCUCGCGACAACGGCGUCCGCCUCCUGGUGGUCGUCGGAAGAGCCCGAAUACAACAAAUGGUCGACGAAGCAGCUGAAGCAGUACCUCGAGGAAAACAACGUUGCACUGCCUACCGGCACCCUCACUGAGGCCGAGCUCCGGGAGCGCGUGAAGGCCAACUGGCACGGCGCGCAGGCGUGGACGUACGACCAGUACAACUCGGCGCAGCAGGCGUUCGCCAACGUGCGCGACUCGACGUUCGACACGUGGGACGAGUCGCGGCUGCGCGAGUGGCUGGCCGAGCAGGGCGUCGCGGAGCCGAAGGGCCCGCGGGAGAAGCUCGUCCUGCUCGCGAAGCAGCGCUACCAGUCGUAUACGAAUGCCGCGUCCUCGUACGCGUCGCAGGCGUCUUCGGCCGGUUAUGACGCGAGCGCGUCGGUCGCGUCAUUCGCGGCGCAGGCGACCAACGACGUGGCGCGCGCCGUGGACGACACGAAGGACUACGUCUACUCCACCUGGGAUGACACCCGGCUGAAGGCGUAUCUUGUUGAGAAUGGGUACAUGAAGAGCAACGAGCAAAAGCGCCGCGAUGAGCUCCUCGGCAUGAUGCGCGAUGCAUACGCGAAGGUCACGAACCCAAUCUGGGAGGCGUGGACGGACUCCUACAUCCACGAAUGGCUCACAACGCACCGCAUCCUCCCAUCCACCGACUCCAUCCCCAGCCGUCAGGAGCUGGCGGACAAGAUGCAACUCUACUAUUAUGACACGAAGGAUAACGUGUACUCGACUUGGUCCGACAGCGAGCUGAAGAACUGGCUCAUCUCGCACGGCGUCAUUAAGUCGGACGCGCAGGCCUCGCGCGACAAGCUGCUCAAGAUGGUCCAGGACAACUACGCGACGGCACAGGAUACGGUCUGGUCCUCAUGGAGCGACAGCGACCUCCGCAGCUACCUCAUCGAGCACGGAUACCUGAAGAGCGACGAGCAGAAGAAGCGCGAGGAGCUUGUCAACCUCAUCAGCUCCAAGUACAAUGACAUCACGACGACCGCCGCGUCCUAUCUCACCUGGCCCGACGCGCGCCUGCGCGCCUACCUCCGCGAGCACGGCGUCGACGACACGAAAAUCCGUGGCAUGGACCGGACGAGCCUUUUGCAAGAGACGCGCAUCCGCUAUGUGCAGGGCAAGACGCGCUCGGACGCGCUCUGGGAGAAAGUCCGCAGCAUUGUGAAUGGCGCGGUCGGAAGUGCCGAGGACGGCCUCGCGCGCGUGGUCGAGGUUGUGCAGGGCAAUGCGGCAAAGGCAAGGGCGGAGGCGGACGCGACGACAGUGAAGGGGAAGGCGGAUGCCGCGUCAGCGAGCGUGCGGGCGAAGGCGAGCGCGUCAUCGGCGUCUGCGAAGGCGAAGGCGAAGACGGAGCUGUAAGCGGGUGACGGCGUGUCUCUGGAGAUGAUGGCUGCUGUAUUGCUGCUUCGAGGGAUGCUUGGAUUCCCCGACCUGGCCCGGCCGAAUGGACUGCUGCACUCACGAACGAACGACGAGCAUCUACACACGAGCGAAAGUAACCUACUUAGUGUAACCUGUAUUAUAGUGCUUUGUAAUGGCGCCUAGCAUAUGCCAGAAAAUUUGUUGCACCGUGCAGGUGUUGUUUUGGUGUGCUUCUUUACUGACGGACGGUCAGCGAAAGGCGGGACAGCGUAAAGCGGCAUG